GAAGGAAGUGAUAAAAUUCGGCCGGGCCGAGUUGAGUUUGUUGCUGGUUCUGCUUCCGGUUCUUUCUUCGCGUCUUGCCGGUUCAGGAGAUUUUCACUGGAGACGGUGACAAGAUGAGUUACGAGCACCGUCGGGACUGGAGUCGCGGGAGUGGGCCCCGCGCUUCCCAGUCGUCCUCCUCCGGCCGAGGCGGCGGCGGUGGCGGUGGUGGCGGCGGUGGUCGGGGCCGACCUCCUCCCCACCUGAAGGGUCGAGAGAUUGGCCUGUGGUACGCGCGGAGGCAGAGCGAGAAGAGCAAAGAGGCCGAGAGGCAGCAGAGAGCUGUGGUGCGUAUGGAUGAGCACAGAGAAGAACAGAUUGUACAGUUGCUAAACACUGUCCAGAACAAAAAUGAAAAAGAACAGGAAGCCAUGUCUUGGUGGUCUGAUGAAGAAGGGUACACAAAGGAGGCUCCUGCAAAGCCAAAGCCUGUUGUAGAGAAGCCUGUUGUAGAGAGGGCUCCUGAAAGAACUAGACCAUUCUUGGAAAAAGCAUUCCGUGAUCAAGAUUCAGAAUAUCUCUUACAAGAAAAUAAGCCAGAUGUUGAUUUAGAUGAGCAACUUAAAGAAGAAUUGAAGAAGAAAAGAUCUGAUUCCAGAUAUAUUGAAAUGCAGAGAUUUCGUGAGAAGCUGCCUUCUUAUGCAAUGAGAAAGGAGCUUGUCAACCUCAUAAACAGUAGUCGGGUAACUGUUAUAAGUGGUGAGACUGGUUGUGGAAAGACAACCCAAGUUACUCAGUUCAUUUUGGAUGACUAUAUUGAGCGAGGGAAGGGAUCUUCCUGCAGGGUUGUAUGUACUCAGCCUAGAAGGAUCAGUGCUAUCUCCGUAGCAGAAAGAGUUGCAGCAGAAAGAACUGAAGUAUGUGGUAAUGGAAAGAGUACAGGAUAUCAAAUUCGGCUUGAAAGCCGGUUGCCAAGGAGACAAGGCUCAAUCUUGUACUGCACUACAGGAAUUGUCCUACAGUGGCUCCAGUCAGAUAAGCAGUUGACCAGUGUUAGUCAUGUAAUCCUUGAUGAAAUCCAUGAGAGAAAUCUUCAAUCAGAUGUUUUAAUGACAAUAAUUAAAGAUCUCCUAAGUGUUCGACUAGACUUGAAAGUAAUACUGAUGAGUGCUACGCUGAAUGCUGAGAAGUUUUCAGAAUAUUUUGAUAACUGUUCUAUGAUCCAUAUUCCUGGCUUCACUUAUCCUGUCAAGGAAUACCUUUUGGAAGAUGUAAUUGAAAAGCUACGAUACAUUCCAGAAAAUACAGAUCGCAGGUCACAUUGGAAAAAGAGGUUUAUGCAGGGACACAUAAGCCGGCCAGAAAAGGAGGAAAAAGAAGAAAUUUAUUAUGAGCAGUGGCCAGAUUAUUUAAAGCAGCUGAGAGGACGGUAUUCAGAAAGUACAAUUGAUGCAUUGGGAAUGAUGGAUGAUGAUAAAAUUGACCUUGAUUUGAUUGCUGCACUGAUCAGAUAUAUUGCUCUUGAGGAAGAGGAAGGUGCAAUACUUGUAUUUCUCCCUGGAUGGGACAACAUUAGCACUCUACAUGACCUUCUGAUUUCUCAAGUUAUGUUUAAGUCAGAUAGGUUCAUUAUUAUACCUCUGCAUUCACUGAUGCCUACUGUUAAUCAGACCCAGGUUUUUAAAAAGACCCCUGCUGGAGUCCGUAAGAUUGUAAUUGCUACAAACAUCGCAGAGACGAGCAUCACCAUAGACGAUGUGGUAUAUGUUAUAGAUGGAGGAAAGAUAAAAGAAACUAACUUCGAUACACAGAACAACAUUAGCACAAUGGCUGCAGAGUGGGUUAGCAAAGCAAAUGCCAAGCAGAGGAAAGGUAGAGCAGGAAGAGUCCAGCCUGGUCACUGCUUUCACUUGUACAAUGGUCUACGUGCCAGUCUGCUAGAUGAUUAUCAGUUGGCAGAAAUCCUGAGAACACCUUUGGAAGAACUUUGUUUGCAAAUCAAGAUUUUAAAGCUUGGAGGAAUAGCUCAUUUUCUGAGCAAGCUAAUGGAUCCGCCAUCCCAUGAUGCUGUGUUGUUGUCCAUAAAAAAUCUCAUGCAGUUGAAUGCCUUGGAUAGACAAGAAGAAUUGACACCCCUUGGAGUCCAUUUGGCACGAUUACCAGUGGAGCCACACAUAGGAAAAAUGAUUCUCUUUGGAGCUUUAUUCUGUUGCUUAGAUCCUGUUCUCACUAUUGCAGCCAGCCUCAGCUUCAAGGACCCUUUUGUCAUUCCCUUGGGCAAAGAGAAAGUAGCAGAUGCAAGAAGAAAGGAGCUAUCCAAGGGUUCUAAAAGUGAUCACCUCACCAUUGUGAAUGCUUUCAAGGGCUGGGAAGAAGGCCAGCGACGUGGCUUCAGGUGUGAGAAGGAUUAUUGUUGGGAGUAUUUUCUUUCCUCAAAUACUCUGCAGAUGCUGCGUAACAUGAAAGGGCAGUUUGCUGAACAUCUCCUUGCAGCUGGGUUUGUGAAUAGUAGAAGCCCCAGAGAUCCCAAAUCCAAUACUAACUCAGACAACGAGAAGUUACUCAAAGCUGUUAUUUGUGCUGGCUUGUAUCCAAAGGUUGCAAAGAUCAGAGCAAACUUCAACAAAAAAAGGAAAAUGGUUAAAGUUUCCACUAAAACGGAUGGAACAGUUUACAUUCAUCCCAAAUCUGUCAAUGUUGAAGAGACAGAGUUCCAUUACAACUGGCUUGUUUACCAUUUGAAAAUGAGAACAAGCAGUAUAUACCUGUAUGAUUGCACAGAAGUCUCUCCGUACUGUCUUUUGUUCUUUGGGGGAGAUAUUUCUAUCCAGAAGGACAAAGAUCAGGAUACAAUUGCUGUGGAUGAAUGGAUUGUCUUUCAGUCUCCAGCAAGAAUAGCACAGCUAGUGAAGGAUUUGAAAAAAGAAUUGGAUGACCUUCUACAAGAGAAAAUAGAAAACCCACAGCCUGUGGACUGGAACAAUACUAAAUCAAGGGACACAGCAAUGCUGACAGCCAUUAUAGACUUAAUCACAACACAGGAGAAUGAAACUUACAGAAACUCUGCCUCCUGUUUCCAGAGUGGACAAUACUGUUAACAUACUGUUCCUUUUGCAGCUGAAGAGAUGAAAACUCUACCAUUUUUUUUGUUAAAAGUUUAUCUGGGCAUCUUGGAAUUCCAUUUUUAGUGUCAGUAGUUUAUAAUGGCUGUAUGUAUAUGGCAUUCAAUGUAUAAAAUAGCUGUUUACAUAGGUGCCAGUGCUGCAUAGUCGUAUUGUGUUGUGUGCGUGUAUGAUUGCUAUAUGCUGUGGCUUGAGGACUAAUAUUUUUUGUCAGGUAAAAGCUGGAUGAAACUGAACUGAAAACAUUUUUUUACAUUCUGCUCUUUACACUAUUUUUUUUGCCAACUGUGGAAUAGUCACUUUAAAAAGUGGUCAUAAUUAGUAAUUAAAAUCCCCUUUUCUGCCAUUAGCCUUUAGUUUACAUUCUGCUGAGAAUUUUGGAUGAGUUACUAUUAAGUACAUACUUCUGAGAAUUAAAAUGGCCUAUAAAACUGAACUAAAGUCAUCCCCAAAAGAGAUGUAAGGGCUGCUAUGUUGAAAGCAUUGUCUUAUUUUAAAUAAAAUUCAUGGUAGGAAGAAGCUUCAUGAGAUGUUCAUUGUUUAGAUCUUUUUAGGUAAAUAUAUGCACUCAAAUCUAGCAGUGGAGCAUGGAAUAAGAAAUCAUUUGUUGAGCCCAGUAGCUGGGGUUGCACAUACAUGCCUGUUAGAUAUUUUAAUACCUCUUAAUCAGCUAUUUGGGACAGGAGUAGGAUUUAGUCUCUCCCCUUGGCAAAUAGUGUCGUUUAGGAUUGGGGCAGGGAAAUACAAAUAGGCCCUUUCAUUCCAGUGGGAGUAAUAUACACAAACUGUACACUGAGUAGCAGCCAGAGUUCCAUUUCAAUAAUGUGAAUGCAGGUUUUUUAAACUAAGAGCUUCUUUUUAUAAGUACUUAAUUGAAUUGAAUAUGUGACUUUACUAGUAGUUUUCAUAUGGGCAACAUUAUUGCCAAGAGUAUUACUAUAUUUGUGUAGAAUCUCCUGCAGAGUCUGAAAGUGGCAGCUUCUCUUUAAUGGUUGAUUUCAAGUUACUCAGUGGAAAACCUAAGCAAAUACACAGCAUGUCUUAAAACUGGUGCAGACUCUAUGUGGCUAACUGAGCGGUUGCCAACCUUUUUGGACCAGGGGCAUAUUUCAAAUUUUGACCGAGUGCUUGGGGCACCAAUCACAAAAUGGCUGCUUUGUGAUAUAACAUAAUUGAGAGUGGUCAUUGUGACGUCCUUCCCUGGUUCUCCCUGUCAGGUUCCCACCUGCUUGUGGCUACUGCCUUUCAAUAGGCACCACCAGGGACACCACCAGUCAGGACCGUCCUUUAUAUGGUUUCUCACUCCGCUCUAGCACAGAUCUCACUAGAUCCCACUGCUAAGCAGUACCACCAGUCACUUCCUGUAACCAAUACUCCCAGAGACUUUGCCUCAGUCUCUCUAUAGCUUGUUACUUUGACUGUGUGCCUAUGCUGUUCCCAACCCGUUUGUAUAUAAAGCAUCCAACUCUGGGUUGCUCUGGAUACUUGACUUGUUACAAUAUGUCCCUUCCCCGCUUCCACCAUUAGAUACAGUUUCUGUUUAGCCUCGGUAAUUACCUUGCCCUCCCUUCUGGUCUGUAUAUUCCCCCAGUCAAGGAUCAGGCCUUUGGGAAACCAAAUAAGUAUUUAUUUACUAACAACAGGAAAUAACAAGGUUACUUUAGUCAUAAAUUUUUUUAUUCAAGAUUUCAAAAACAAAACAAAAAAGAAAAAGAACAAAUUAAUAACUAAUACAAUAAAAAAUAUUGACUUCCGAUUUGUCGUAAAUCAGCUAUAGGUCUAUAGUAUAUAACAAACCUGUCCCUUAAUAUAUUACAGAAUCACUUUCCUCCAGUAGUUAUCUUGAUUAAUCAUUAAAUCUCAUUAACAUCAUUUCAUUUUAUUCUUUCCACAAAAAGUCAAAGAGAGGUUUCCAGUCCUUGAGGAAUAUAUCGAUUUUUCUCCAAAUAGGCAUGUCAAUUAAUCCAUCUGUUCAAGUCUAGUAAAUCCAGUAAUUUCAACAGCUAUUCUUCCAUUAUCAGUGUUAGUUCCAUCUUCCAUCAUCCAUCCUUGCACACAUAAUUCUGCUGUCAUAGUCAUAUUCAUAUAGUAAGAGUCUGAUAGGAAUUUCCUUCAUCACACAUAUUUCCUUGCCAUCAAUUCUGACUGUGUUACUGAAAUAUUGUUGUAAAGUCAUAUCUCUGUUCCUCUUUUUUAUGGAAUGCACUAGCACAUCUCUUGAGAGUUUUUCCAUUGUCACAUAUCUGGAAUUAAUUCUAUAAACUUUCUCUAUUUCAGAUUCCAUCAGAUCAUUCCAGUCCAGGAAUUUUUUUGAGACAUUGAUAAAUUUAUCUCUGAUAUCUUCACCAAUUCCUUCAGAGACAGCGCUGAAUUCCAAACAAUAAUCUUUGUCACUAGGAUCCAUCACAGCCAUAAAAUCCAAAUCUUUUUCCAAUUCCACAUUUGAUAUAUCUAUUCCAAUCUCCAGGACUUGCACCUUCUCUUUAAUUUUUCUUUCAUCUUCUGUUGCUUGUCCAGUUAUAUCUUCUUUUCUCAUAGAAUCCUUUAUUUCUUUCAGCUCCUGUUUCAUUUUGCCAAAUUCAAUUUUCAUCUCUUGUCUGCCCUAUCUCAAUUCUUGGUUCGUUAUCUUAAUCUCAUCCAUUAUUUUCUGAAACAUAUUUAGAGAGAGAACCCCUUCCUGUACAUCCAGGGUCUCGGCCACUUUCUUGAUUGUCAUUCUUAAGACCGGGAAAAAAAAAACCCUUCAAUUUCCAGUAUAGCCACUAUUCCCAAGCAAAGAGCACUUUAUUUCUUUUUCCAGCAACAAAGGAGUUAAUAUUCCAAGCCUGUUGACAUCAUCUUCUAGACAGUACAAACUGCCUUAUCUCUUAUGUUACCAAGAGUGCAAAACAAAUUUAGUUCACAGCAUCAAAAUAGUUAGUGGCAUAAAGAAUAAGCAGAUUCGUCAAAAUAAAGUAAACCAGAAAAAAUAGUCCCAGACAUAUAGUACUCAAAUGUUCAUAUUAAUCAGAUUUUCCUCCUCAGAUUAGAUGCCCCUCAUCCGUUUGUAUCUUUAUAAUGCUCAAUUCCAUGCCAGCUUUUUGCAAUAAAAACAAAGAUAAGCUAUUUCGAUUUUCUUCCUCCUUAAUUCCAUGUAUAAAAGAGAAAGGUAUAACUCACCCAGGGAUUCUUUGUUGCUGAUUCUUUAACAAAUCUCUUUUACUGUAACAAUGAUAAGAAUGAUAAGAGUAGACUGAAGGAUGCUUGCCUGUUAGAAUCCGUUUUUCUUUAAAGAAAAAAAACACGUCUCGCUUAGUCAGUUUGAGCUUGCUUGAAUUCCCUGACUCCGUCAGACGCUGCCAGCUACACCUUCGUUCAUAGGCGAUCCUGAUGAAUUCCAGUCCCCAACAAACACAACGAAGCUUCUGUGGGUGAUCUCUUCGUUUCUCCCUUGCUGGGAGAAAGUUUUUACCAGUCAAAAAAUUAUUCUGACUAGUUUUAAAACUGAAAAAGCUUCCUCUGAGACGGGAGCUCGUCUCAGAGGCAGUCACAGGCGGAAGAAUCCUCCUGGGAAGUCCAGGAAAUAACAAGAUUACUUUAGGAAUGUUUCACAAGCGUAUGGUUUCAUAUAUUGUCACUCUUUGUUUCUGUUCAUAUAUAUCCUCUUUAAAUAUCAGCCAAAUCCAAUCCAAACUUCCCUCAGAACUCUGCCAACCAACCCUCACCAAACGACCUCACUCCAACCAACUCAACAACUUCUCCCCUUCCCAUCACUCAUAAACCUCCAUUUAUACCUUCAGCCAGCCAGCCACUCAGCCAAUCAUCAUCCAGCAUACUUCAGCUUCUCACCCAUGUACUCCCCCUUUUUCUCUCAGUCAAUUACAAUACAUCACCUAACAGACCCGCACUUACCAUAUUUACAGAUGCUUAACCUACAGGAACAUCACAGUCAUUGUGAAGCUUUUCCCAUAAUUGUAUUUCCAUACUAGAAAAGGAUUGACCUGUUGAUUUUCUGCCUGCCAUACAGCUGUUAAGAUCCCUGUUUUUCCCUAAUGCCAACCCUAAACCAAAGCCCAGGCUGACAUCCUGUAGCCUCUUCCCUUAAAGCCCCAUUAAACACAAAGAGGCUAAUUUCUGAAUAGAGAAAAAUGCUUAGAGUGGUAGCUGCAGAUCAUGCCCAUAACUUUCUAGGAAGGCUAGAGACUUUUUUAAAAAAUAUUUUUUAUUUAUUAAUAGAUUCUGGGCUACUUGCUGGGGGUAUGACGUGCCUACAGGCGAUGGGUUGGCGACCCUUGAGCUAACUCAUGGGCCCUUGCCUAAACCAGUUAUAAAAACGAUUGCCACAACUCUUCUUCUCCUCCCAAAAUAAAAAAAUCCCGGGGGUUGCAAUUGCAUUUUUAACUUUAGUUUUAGAAAUUUUAACUAUAAAUAUUGCAGAGGUGAUGUGUGUGCCAGGUUAUAUUGCUGAACAAGUACUUGCGAUUUCCCACAAAUUGAAUGGUUAAAUUGUACUAUUUAGACUUGAGUAGACUAAUUAUGUCUAGCUUUUCUUAAGUGGUAAAAUCUUGGGACCCCCCUUUUUUUUUUUACUAAACAUCCUAAUUUGAAAUGUGUUUAGUGAAUUAUUAACAACUCUGCUAUAUUUCAUUCACCACUUUGGAACUGUUCUAUGUAUGGUAUAUAUACAUUUCUCCUCUGGAAGUGCAGUCUUUUCUUAAUUACUGAUUUUUCUACCAUUUAAACAUUCUGAUAAAUUUGAUGUUUCUGGAUGAAUACAUAGACAUGCAGUAGAGCAAAUGCAGUUAAUUAAAAAAAUGUGAAGAUCUUGGUAAUGAAAGAGAAAUGAGCCAGUACCCAGAAAGAACAAUGGGGAGUGUCUUUUUAGACCAGCUGUGGCCAAAGCUUGCAAUUGGCCACUCAUGCAUUGUUUCCAGUGGGCAUGCAUAGAAAUAGCUGGUAUCCCUCCACAUGCUGCUGAAGAGCCACUAAUCAACUUACAUAUUCAUGGGCUGGCCAGUUUUUGUGGGCAGACUCAUUUGCAAGGCCGAGCUGGAACUUCUUAAAUAAGUGUCCUUAAAUGGUCACUUAACUGCUCAGGGUCACAUGACAGAUUCUUAUGUGGUGAUUAAUCUCUUAUAUACCUUGUGUGCACUCUAAUGGGUGAAAGGUUGCAUGAAUGGGCUUUUUUUUCUAAUUAGGUAAGAAGAGCCCUGCUGGAUCAGACCAAAGGCCCAGCAUCCUGAUUUCCCAGUGGCCAAUCAGAUUACAAACAGGUGCAUGCAUUGAGAAGCCACCACUUCUGUUUGCCCAAUAGGUAAGUUUCAACAAAUUGAGAAACCAACAGAGGUGUUUUUUUGUUUGAUCAUACCAACUAUCAACCACAGAGGAGAUACCUGCUUUUAUGUUUUGGUAGGGAUUCUCAUGUACAAAUUAUGUUACUUUAGAGCAGAAUGCAUAGGUUCACAUGAGGCUUCCUGCUUCUAAAUGCGCAUGAAUUUCCAUUAUCUUCUAUUUUGCUGUUAAGCUCACUGAUGUAUUUUGUUUAAAGACAAACAUCAAAAGUUAAUAUAGCCCAUAAAAUAUUUUCCUGGGGCUAGAUCAAUAAAAUAUAUUAAAAAAUUCUGAAUGAUCACACUAAGCUGUUACUAAGUUAGUAAUGGUACUUAAAGUGAAAUAUCAAAGAAGAUGGCCUCUGGGCAGUAAUGAGUGACUUUUAUCUUCCAGAUAAAUGCUCUAGGAUUCAAUGAAUGAAUGUUGAAAUCACAGCACAUUCCAACAUAUGGAAGGGGGUUACUUUUUCAUCAAAAAUCCUGAAACACCAUUUUGAGAGUGGUGCAUGAAAACAAUUUAGCUGCAUCUAUUAGUACUUAGAAUCAUAGAACAGUAGAGUUGGAAGGGGCCUAUAAGGCCAUCAAGUCCAACCCCUUGGUUGGUUACUUAGACACUUUAUUCAGAUUGUCUUAGAUGGCACUAAAAGGGUUUAUUUUAUUUUGUUGCAUUUAUAUACCGCCCAUAGCAAGUAGCUCUCAGGGCGGUAAACAGAAUAGUGUUUCAUAUAUAGUGUCUGUAAUUAUGGUGGUGGUUGCAACAAUAUGCAAAACAAAGUAUUAAAACCAAGCAACUGUAGAAAAAGAAAUGCAUAUGCUUGUUUUUGAUGUUGUAUGUUACGUAUAGACUAUGUUGUAAGAGUGCACUUUUUUCACUGCAUUAGUUCUACACAAAAAUAGAACGAAUUGUAGGGUUCAGAAUGGCUUUUGUAAAAUUUCACGAUCAGGUGACUUGAUUAAUCAGGUAUGUCACAACCUACCUAAGACCAAUCCUUUUUACAGUUCAUGAAGUUAAAAUCAAGGGUGGUAUCCAACUAAAUCAUACUUGAAAUAAAUUCCAACUUGAUUUAAAGUGGGUGUGUGCAUUACACUGGCUGACAAAGGGUACCAAAAGCAACCCCUGCAGUCUUUUCCCAUCCUUUGGGUUUCCCGAUGUUGGACUACAACUCCCAUCAGUGCCAGCCAGCAUGGCCAAUAGUCAGUAAUUAUGAGAAUUGUAGUCCAGCAACAUCUGGGGACCCAAAGAUUGGAAAAGGCUGAUUUGGAGUGAUUUAAAAUGCUUCUUGCUUCCAUUGUGUGGAAAGUCACUUAUGCCUUUGCUACAAAACAAUCUUUUUACAUCAGUUAAAGUUUGCAAACACAGCUCUGGCUUGGAAAUGAGUCCAGAACCCCAAACUUUAAAAAAAGCAAUGGAAGAAUGUUAACAUUGGCCUGCUACUUUACCUACGAGAGGCCUUUGCAUAGCGGAGGAGGUGUAUGCACACCUCACAUCACCAUGGACAAAAUAAUAAUGAAAUGUAAAUGCAUCUGUGCACAUACUGUAGGCAUAAUAGUGAAGUGGUAACAAUGAAUUGCUAAUACAACACUGGCAAUUUCAAAGUUGUAAUUCAUGUUUUUCAGGCAAUUAUGCCUACAAUGUGUGUUGGAGAUAGGUUAUUUGUAAAUACAUUACAAACGUUACUAAUCUGUAAACACUGCA